AAUUCCUCUUAAAACCUGCCACCGACAUAAAUGAGUGAUGUUCUGCAAAAGCCUUCAAAGGAAGCACAGCAUGAGGCUCAUCUGAGGAGGAGUACAACCUUUACAACUAUUGAGGACAGCUGAAGAGAGAGUCACCGACACAGACAGAAUGACAUUUACUGUGCCUGUCAGACGUCAGAUGUUUGCCUGGUCAGAGGUCUACAGAUGAGAAGAGCAACAGUAAUAUCUGGAGAAGACAUAAACUGACAGAUGGAGAAUGUGCAAACAAUACACGGACAGUGCAGCUUUUGCUAUAAAAGAGAUGUGAGCACUUGAUCAAUAUAAGCACCACGCAGCAAAGGUAAAGCACAGUUAGAAUUCUCUGUAAUCCUCAUCUCUGAAAUCCUUAAACUGCCAUUAAACACCUUGAAACUCUCUCAGUCUAAUCAAGUUUGGAUCAAGGACAAAGACUGAAAAUAAAUAAGAAGACCACCAAUCUUCAGUUUUGAUCACAAAUCAUGAACAACUGUCACAUCGACUCCAGCUCACAAACAGAUCUUCUCCCUGGUCUCUUUGGUGCCAUCUUCUGCGUGGCUUUGCCCACAAACUGUCUGGCACUUUAUGGCCUAUACAAACUGCUUAAAGCAGAGGAUACUCUUCCGGUGUAUGUGAUCAGCCUUCUUUUAACAGAUAUCCUUCAGAUAGUCACGCUGCCUCUGUGGAUUGACUAUUACAAAAAUGGACAUGUGUGGCGUUUUCAAGAAGUGACUUGUGUCGUUUUUGGUGUGCUGCUGCACAUAAGUCUCUUUGGCAACGUUGGAUUUCUAAGCCUGAUUGCUGUGGAACGUUAUAUAGCCUUUGCACAUCCUUUAUGGUAUAAGAAUUUCCGGAGGCUGUCUAAUGCCUGUAUUCUAUGCUUGCCAUUGUGGGGUCUGUUCACAGGAAUCAGUCUUCUUGUCUGGUAUUUCAUAAGAGGAAACUCAAAAGAUCACCUCUGCUUUGAAAGUUAUCCAGCAACAAAUACGUUCUCCAUUUUGUGUCUGAGUAUGGCAGUUUUCUGGUUCCCAUUGCCUCUUGCACACCUCAUCUUUAUUUACAUUCGCAUUGAGAAGAUCUUAAGAAGUUCACAAUCAGUUCCAGAUGAAAACAAGAAGAAAAUAAAACACCUUCUCAUCACUAUGGUGCUAAUAUUUAUUUUGGUUUAUGGGCCCUUUUGUACCACAGCUUUCAUCAGAUAUGUUGGAUUAUUAAUCGUAUCUGACAAAUGUCAACAUGAGUCAAAAAUGUUUUAUGCUUAUAGAUGCACAUUUGCAUUGCUUAGUGUAACAAGUCUCUUGGAUCCAGUCUUCUACAUUUUAAUCUCCAAAGAUAUUCAUAAAGAGCUGCAGGAACUUUGCCCAUUCAUCUUUAGACGACUGUGGCCAGUGGAUAGCAGUUCAGUUUGAAAGAGUCCCACCAUGAAGGUGUCUAUUUGCUCUGUGACAUUUACCCUUAAAUAUAUAAAUAUAUACUAUAGUGUUAGCCUAGAUAUGACACAUCUAUGAGUAGAUAUGUUUCGAUAUGUCAUAUGAUCCUGAAUAGAUUUUCUAGGAUGGAUGGAUACUACAAUCUUCUCUAUCAUGGUAUAUUAUAUUUGCAGCAUAUUCAUAAUUGAGGAUGCAUGUAAGCAAUAACAUUUAUAGAAAACUAAUUCAGCUGGUGCCAAAGUGAGAUAUCCUCCAGUUCAACUGUGUAACAAACAUGGAAAGAUGAUCUUGUAAGUUUAUAAUACAUUGUUUAAUGGAAGACAGUAGGGUGCAUAGUGCUGCAAAUUAACCAGUAUACAUGGAACAAGAGACAAGAAUGGUAAAUAUUAGGGCUGAUUCGUACUAAGACAGAGAGAUUUGGUUUCAUGAUAACCUAUACUGAAGACAGAUAGAUAGAU